UUUGAACACAAUGAGCACAUGGCUCAUUCCACUGGAUAUGGUACUUGAAUCGGAAUCAAUAAACACAAAAUAAUAGGCAUGCGACAGAAAUGAUAGUAGAAAGUUUGGUUUGCUGUACCUUCUUUGGCAUUUUUGGGUUUUCAGAAUGAAUCUUCCGAGAUAACGAGAGUAACUCCGAUGUCUUAAGAUGAUAUCCCCAAAAAGAAACUAUGAAGACCUUUCAAUCAUUGGAAAGGGAGCAUAUGGCACAGUUUUUAAGGCGUUUGAUGCUGAAAACGAUCGCAUUGUUGCAUUGAAACGUGUGCGUAUUAUUAAUGAUAGUGAAGAUAAAGGUGUUCCAGUUUCAACAUUACGUGAAAUUACGCUAUUAAAACAACUGGACAACAUUGCACACCCAAAUAUUGUUAGGUAUGUUUAUUUACACUAUAUUUGGUACAAGUUCAAUGCUAGUAUUGAUUCCACUGAUGUCUGAGGUCAUUGAUACUUCUGUAACUUUGGAAUGGUAAAGCUUAUAAACAUAUUCUUUAAAAAAUAGAUGUUCAUAUCGUGCAUGUUAUUGGAUGUUAUGUGUAUCAAUAAUAACUUAUUUAUUUACAUUUUUCAUACAAUUCUAACAAAUGAUCCAUGUCUGUUUGUUCACAAUAUGAAAUGCAUUUCUGUAUCAUUUUAGUAUGCUUUGUUCUAUCUUGAAUAUACUAUACAAUGUGUAUAUGCAUUAGAAUUUGUCAAAU